AGCCCUCAAAUUAUUCCGCCCGCAAUCACCCGGAGCAGAAAUGAGCUCCGGCAGAGCUCCCCGGGUCUACUAUGAAUCAAGCCGCUCCUCCUCCUCCUCCUCCUCCAAGCCGUCAUUGAGCGGCUGUUGCCGCUGCCUCUUCUUUCUCGUGGUCCUCAUCGCCGUCCUCGUAGUUGCUUUCGUUCUCCUCGUCGUCCUCUUCGUCAAGCCUAAGAAACCCCAAAUCGAUCUUGACCAAGUCAAAGUCCAGAUCGUCGCGCCCACAACCACCGCCGCCGCCUCCUCCGAUGUCGCCGCCGCCGCCGCAUCCGAAGGCAUCGCCAUCACCAUGUCCUUCAACGUCACCAACGACAACAAGGUGGGAAUCACGUUCGCCGGAUCCCGAUUCGUCGUCCUGUACAAGGAGAUUCCGCUCGGGCAGGGAUUCGUCCGCGAAUUCUCCAUGCCCGCCCACACGGUCAGCCGGGUCUACACUGCCGUCUUCGUCAGCCCUGCCAUCUUGCAGCAAACCGAUGUUCAAUCUCUGCUCCAGGACGCUACUAAGGACCGGGUCGUGUUGAAGGUUCUAGGUGACCCGGGAGCCAAACUCGUCAUUCUCGGACUCAGUUCGCCCAAGGUUCAGGUGGCUGUGGAUUGCAGCAUAGAAAUCAGCCCAACAAAACUGGCUGUCAUAUCCCACCAGUGUUCCUUUGAUGGGGUUGGGGUUUGAGUGAAUGAAUGCCACACUGCUCUCUGCUCUCUUCUCAUUCAUUCAUUCAUUCACCACUACCAAUUUAAGCAGAUCAUAUUUUUCCUGAGCUUUUGAUUUUUUUGAUGCCAACCACAUUCAUCCGCCAGCCACUAAUGUUGGUCAGUACAUAUGCAGUAACAAAUGCUCCGUAGUUUU